AUGAGCAGAUUUGACAAGAAAGAACUGGAUUAUUCGAAGCUCUCCAAAAACCUUGAAAUUGUCAAAAAGAGGUUGAAUCGACCACUUACACUGGCAGAAAAAAUACUCUAUGCUCACUUGGAUAAUCCUCAGAAUGCUGUGAUCGAAAAAGGUCGGAGUUACCUUAAUCUCCGUCCAGAUCGUGUGACCAUGCAAGAUGCAACUGCACAAAUGGCUAUUUUGCAGUUUAUCAGCAGCGGUCUUCCGAAAGUCGCGGUCCCAACUACAGUACAUUGUGAUCAUCUUAUAGAAGCGCGUGACGGAGCCAGUCCAGAUCUUGACAGGGCUACUGAUGCUAAUAAAGAGGUGUAUGACUUCCUAUCAACAGCCUCCUCGAAGUAUGGCAUUGGCUUUUGGAAGCCUGGUUCUGGAAUUAUUCACCAAAUUAUGCUGGAAAAUUAUGCAUUCCCUGGAGCACUUAUAAUUGGUACCGAUAGUCACACACCCAAUGGUGGUGGUCUAGGCGGAUUGUGUAUUGGCGUGGGUGGUGCCGAUGCUGUCGACGUGAUGGCUAAUUUGCCAUGGGAACUCAAGGCCCCAACUAUUAUCGGUGUCAAUUUGACUGGAAAAUUGUCUGGUUGGACAAGCGCCAAGGAUGUUAUUCUGAAGGUAAGUGCAGCAUAUAGCGUAUGCUAA